CGCGCUUUUAGUACAACAGCGAAUGGAAAUGAUGAAAAAGUAAUUCGCUCGAGAAGAGCAUUAUUUUAUGUUCCCGGGAGUGAUGAGAGAAAAAUUCAUAAAUCAAUCAGUGUUGGAGCAGACUGUAUUGUAUAUGACCUUGAGGAUAGUGUAACAGCAAGCAAGAAGGGUACAGCAAGACAUAUGGUGAUUGAUGCUUUGGAAGCUUCAGAGCACGGUAAAGCUGAGAAGGCUGUCAGAAUUAAUGCUGUUGGCUCAGGCAAGACACGAGUUGGAUGAUCUUAAUGUGAUUCUCCAUUCAAACAGGCUGCAAGCAAUUGUAAUUCCCAAAGUACAGAGUGCAAAAGAUAUUCAAUUUGUUAGUAGAAUGAUUGACUCUGUUGCUGUUGAAACACAACGAGAGCGUAUUCGAUUGAUUGCAUCUAUUGAAAGCGCUCUUGGUUUGAUGAACAUUAAGGAAAUUGUUACAGCUGAUCCUCGCUUAGAUGCUUUGAUAUUCGCUGCUGAGGAUUAUUGUGCUGAUUUAGGACUUAUUCGUACUAAAACAAGAGAAGAGAUGUUGUUUGCUCGUCAAUGGAUUGUAAACGCUGCUGCUGCUUAUGGAUUGCAAGCUAUUGAUUUGGUUUGUGUGGACUAUCAGGAUCAAGGUAUUCUUGCUGAAGAAUGCAGAGAAGGCAGAGAAUUUGGAUUUGCAGGAAAGCAGGCAAUUCACCCAGAUCAAAUCGAGACUAUUCAGAGAAUGUUCUUGCCUGAUCCCUCAGAACUUGACAGGGCAGUUCGUAUUUUACAAGGACAUGAAGCCAACACACAAAAAGGAAUUGGUGCAUUUAAUCUAGAUGGAAAAAUGAUUGAUAUGCCUGUUGUUAAAUGGGCAGAAAAAGUCAUUGCUAGGGCCAAUGCUGGUGGGAUGCCAAUACCUGAACACAAUACAAGCACAAACACCUCCACACCUUCAACAAAAACUGAGAAAAAGAAAUAAAUCCCGACAUAUUUUCUCACGAUGUGUACAUAUAAAUUGUCUCUGUCUUUCUCUUUGUUUUUCUCACACUAUGUUCACUCGACGUGUUCUUCAAUACGCUGCUCGUCGUUCUAUUUCUACUUCUCCUACUAAAGAAGCAUUUCUUGAACAUGUAGAAGGCGGUAUUUCUGUUCUGAAUUUAAAUCGUCCAUCAUC